AUGAAACCGGUCGCGGCGUACCUAUUGUCCAUUCCCUUACUGGCGGCACACCUUUCCGCAGCUGUGUCAAUAGACUGUGAAAAUAUUCGAGUGGACAACAAGAAAUUCGACCUAUCCAAGCUUGCCGGGCGGCAUUCCAUCAGUGUCCACGACACUUCAAGACCACCGGCGGAAUACAACACCACCUGGACACUGGAUCUUUGCGCACCGCUUAAAAAGCUCAAAGCUGUUCCAGAUUCAGAUCAAUGCCCAUCAGGGACACGAGUGUGUGGGGUUGUCAGGUCGUGGAACGCCGUGGAUGACCCGGAGCAGAAGCACGUCCAAGUCGAAAAUGUGAUCCCGGUAGCUGGCAACUUCGAGUCCAGUACCGGCAAGAGUCUGGCUCCCAAAGUCUCGCGACUGAAAGCCCAGGACUCGAAGUCGGACGGUCUCCAGAUCGAACUGAACGGCGGUUACUACAAUAAAAAGAAACAACGAGCUGUGAUUCAGCUACAGUGCGAUAAAGAACGAACAGGUGACGAAGAGAAGAGGAGGUUGGCGCGAGAUGAAGACGACGACGGAGAAGAGGACGACCAACCCGAACCCGAAUCCCCCACAGCUAGUCUAUCAUUCAUAAGUUAUGGACCGGUCGAAGGCAAGGAACAGAUUGAGGUGCUCCGACUUGACUGGAAAACCAAGUAUGCGUGCGAAAGCUAUGCCGACAGUGACGAGGCGAAGAAGAGCGGUUGGGGCUUUUUCACUUGGUUUGUCUUGAUCGGGUUCCUGGGCGUCGCCGCGUAUUUGAUCUUCGGUUCCUGGCUCAAUUACAGCCGUUACGGAGCGCGUGGAUGGGAUUUGCUGCCCCACGGCGACACCAUUCGCGACAUUCCAUACAUCGUCAAGGACCUGUCGCGCAAGGUGGUGGACACAGUUUCGGGCAGCGGAUCUAGAGGGGGGUACAGUGCUGUAUGA